AAAUAUAUGCAGACAGAAUCAGAAAGGAACUCAGUCAUCACAGCAGGUUUCUGUGCAUCAUGUCGAUCUUGAAAAAGGUGUUGCUUCUUUUAUCCGUGGUACCGAUGGCCCUGAGCUACCCUUUCUUCCCACCAACCUGCUACUCCAAGGCUCUCAACAUGGCACGGGAGCUCACCCAGAUGGCAGCUGAUUUGAGGAUUGGCUAUGAAACCGGUCACUGUAUGGCGCAUAUGCCAGAACUCUACCUUGAUAUACAUAAUGCCUGUGUGAUGUACAAAAUGAGGGACUACAUCUCCCUGGUGGAAGACCUGAGACUGCGGCGCUGUGGUUACACCAGAGAAGUGAGGAAGCUGGAAGUCACUCUGCGGCAGCUCUUCAUCGUCAUGGGAGAGAAAUGCCAUGGGGACCUGGUGUUUACUAUCUAUGACUGUGCUGCGCUGGAGCGUCCAAACAAUCAAUACUGAAAUUCCACCGUUCUUGUCUGUCCAAAGAGAACUUAAAGAAGUGGAAAAGUCAAAGUUUUUAUGUAUUUCUUUUUACAUUGUGUUACAUUACACAACACGUGAUUUCUUUCAAGGAAUUGUUAUAAAACUGUGUUGAUUUCA